AUGACUGACAUUUCAAGUCAAGCUAGGAAGAAGUCAUCAACAGAGUCAAGUGAAGAGUUGUUGUCAGUCAAGUGUGAUAAUUCUGUUCUGAGAGGAAAUAAUGACAGGUAUUCUGAGGUGAAGCAUGUUAUUUAUGGAGUGUUAACAAGGUAUCUGCGAUUCCUGCCACAAACUCACCAGGGUAGGGUGUGUAUGAGAACAGAGAUGUUUGGAGUGAAACAAAAGCCAAUAUGUGACAUGGAGGCCAUUGGUCUGGCCAGUGGUGGUGCAAUCCCAAAGAGCAGUUUCACAGCCACAUCUUUUUACAAUGAGAAAUACAAUCCUUCAAAUGGUCGCCUGAAUGCAACAGGUUGGGCACCCAAAUCUACAACUAAUCCUGAGGAUUACUUGCAAGUAGACCUGCUGUAUGAGUAUUUUAUCUGUGCUGUGGCUACUCAAGGAAGUAAAAAAUCUGUUGAGUGGACGACUGAGUACAAGAUUCAUUUAUCCUUGGAUGGUAAAAGCUUUUUUGCAUAUAGUGAAAACAGUACUGAAAAGCUCUUUCCUGGAAAUUCAGAUAAAAAUGGUGUUGUGAAAAACAGUCUACUGGAAUUUGCAAGGGCAACGUUUAUACGGUUUCAACCAACAAAGUAUAAGAAAUUUAAAGUUCUGAGAGUGGAAGUCUAUGGGAUACUUUUAACCAUCACAGUUCCAUCACAACCUCCUUCCGCCUUUAAGUUGACUGCAAGCUCUUCUACCAGUAUCACAGCUUCCUGGCAGUUACCACCAGUAUUUGCGAGACAUGGAAGAAACAUCACAGGGUUUAAAUUGUUUCACAGAAAGAAAGGUUCUGCAGGAUCUGCUUCCUCCUGGACUAUUGGCAAUGGAUCAGCAUUAAGUAGAAAUGUCAUUGGGCUUGAUAAAUUCACAGAGUAUGAAUUUCAAGUGUUGGCUUAUACUCCUGAUGGUGAUGGAACAAAGAGCCCGGUUGAGGUAGAGAGAACAAAGGAAGAUGUUCCAUCGCAAGCCCCAAGCUUUACUGUGACUGCUGUCACUUCUACAACUAUUACAGCUUCUUGGGAGUUACCACCAUUAGCUUCAAGAAAUGGAAUAAUUAGAGGGUUUCAACUAUUUUUUAAAGAGAAAGGUUCAGUAGGGCCACAAUCCCUCCUUCAAGUCAACAGUGGAUCAACAUUAAGUAAAAACGUCACUGGGCUUAAAAUUUUCACAGAGUAUGAAUUUCAAAUCUUGGCAUUUACAUCUGUUGGCAGUGGACCAAAGAGUCCCAGUAAAGUGGAGAGAACAAAGGAAGAUGUUCCAUCAAAAGCCCCUAGCAGCUUCAGUGUAACUGCAGUUACUUCAAAAACGAUCACAGCAUCCUGGCAGUUACCAACAGAGGACUCCAGAAAUGGAAUAAUGAAAGGAUUUAAAUUGUUGUACAAAAAGAGAGGAUAUGUGGCAUCGGCAACCACCUUGACACUUAACAAUGGAACAACAUUAAGUAAAGAUGUCACUGGACUGGACAACAACACAGAAUAUGAAUUUGAAGUGUUAGCCUUCACAUCAGUUGGCGAUGGACCAAAAAGUUCUGUUAAAGUGGUGAGAACGUUGAAAGAUGGAGGCUGUGUUGAGUACUACCUUGGGAUGGAAAGUAGAGCAAUUCCAGAUGAUAAAAUAACUGCUUCUUCUGUAAAAAGUGUCAGCACACCACCCAAUAAUGGUCGACUGAACUACGUAUCAGGAUCAUCAUGGUGUGCUGAAACAAGCGACGCUAACUCAUACCUACAGAUUGAUCUACAGACACUUCAUAUCAUUUGUGCUGUGUCAACUCAAGGGAAUUCUCAAGCAAAUCAGUGGGUGAAGAACUACACACUGCAAUUAUCUACAGAUGGGACAACCUGGACAGACUACACAGAAGGUGGAUUAGUUAAGGUAUUUGAAGGAAAUGAUGAUAGGAACACAAAAGUUAAGCAAAUUGUUUAUGGAGUGUUAACAAGAUAUCUGCGAUUUCGGCCUCAAACUGACCAGGGUGGGGUUUGUAUGAGAACAGAAGUAUUUGGAGUGAAACAAAAGCCAACAUGUAACAUGGAGGCCAUUGGUCUGGCCAGUGGUGGUACAAUUCCAAACAGCAGCUUCACAGCCACAUCGUUUUAUGACGAUAGAUAUAAACCUUUCCUUGGUCGCCUAAAUGCAAAUGCAAGGGGUUGGGGACCCAAGCAAAGAAAUGAUCCUAAAGACUACUUACAAAUAGACCUGCUGUAUGAGCACUUUAUCUGUGCUGUCGCUACUCAAGGAAGUAAGGAAUCCGAUGAAUGGACAAGAGAGUACAAGAUUAAUUUGUCAUUGGAUGGAGCAAAGUUUUUCGCUUAUAAUGAAACCAGUAUUGAAAAGCUCUUUCCCGGAAACUCAAAUAGAGACAGUAUUGUGAAAAACAGUCUACAGGAAUUUGUAAGUGCAAAGUUUAUCCGAUUUCAACCAACACAGAGAAAGGUAUGGAAAGUUCUGAGAGUGGAAGUUUAUGGAAUACUUCUAACUAAAGUUCCUUCAAAACCUCCUACUGCCCUCAAGUUGACUGCAAGUUCUCCUACCAGUAUUAUUGCUUCCUGGCAGUUACCACCAGUAUUUGCGAGACAUGGAAGAAUCAAAGGGUUUAAACUCUUCUACAGAAAAAAAGAGUCUGGUAAAACAGCAAAAACUUCUGUUAUUAACAAUGGAACAAGAUUUAGUAGAAAUGUGUCUGGGCUUGAAAGGUACACUGAGUAUGAAUUCCAAGUGUUAGCCUUCACAUCUUUUGGUGAUGGACCAAAGAGUACAGUGAAGACAGAAAAAACAAUGGAAGAUGCUCCUUCACAACCACCCACUCAUUUUAAUGUCAUUGUGAACUCUUCAACCAGUGUCACAGCUUCAUGGCAGCCACCACCAGAAGAAUCCAGACAUGGAAUCAUUGAAGGAUUUAAACUGCACUAUAAAAAGAAAGACUCUGGCUCAGCAACCGUCUUGACUAUUAACAGUAGAAAAACAUCAACAAGGGUUACAAAGCUUUAUAGAUACACAGAAUAUGAAUUUCAAGUGUUAGCGUUCACUUCUGCUGGUGACGGACCAAACAGUUCCGCUGUUUUUAGGACAACAAUGGAAGAUGCUCCCAGUGAACCUACGUCUUUGUCUUUUGUUGAUGUGCCACCCAGCAAUUUGCAUGGUCCAAGAGUAGCCUUGUCGUGGAGUAAGCCUACAGAACCGAAUGGAGUUAUCAAAAGUUACACUUUGUUUUACAGUCACGGUGGAGAUGCACCAAUAAAGAUUACUGGAAUAGGCAAAGAUGCAUUAAGUCGUACAGUUGAUGUGUUGGGUGGAGUUAGUUACCAGUUUCAUGUCAGAGCUGUCACAAUUAAACCGGGACCAAAUGGGACGAUAACUGUACCUACCAAGGAAUAUGCACCCAGUGUUGGUCCAAAACCUGCCUCACCCUCUCAAGUGGAAAAGACGACUUUUAACAUUUCAUGGGAACCUCUACCAAGAGAAAAGAGUUUUGGAGAAGUAAUUUUGUAUGAAGUCAGGGCCAUCUUCUUGGAGAAGGGAAAUUUACACAAAAGAUCUGUCAGCAACAGCCCCUCUGCCAAUACGUCAACGACAUUUGUGGUCCUGUCUGACCUUGAGCUUUGUACUAAAUAUAAUGUCUCUGUUCGAGCUUAUACUAGAGCAGGGCCUGGACCCUAUGGUAAACCUUUACAACUGGAAACAUCAAGACCUGAAGCACCAGAGGAAUUUAAGGCAACGGCAACUGGAACAAACCAGGUUACACUGGCUUGGAAACAAUAUGAUAAAAAGGAAAAAAUUGAAUACACUGUGAAGUAUACUGGAACAAAGGACUACAAUAAAACGUUCAAAGCUGUUGAGAAGAGUAUAGAAAGAAUAGAGACAACAACGAAGACUGUAACAGAAUUGAUUCCAGGCACCACAUAUGUAUUUAAAGUUCAUGGCAGUUCCAUUUGUGGCGAAAGCAUUUCUAAGAACAUCUCAGUGACAACACAUAUGAAAGCUCCUGAAGCCCCUAUUCCACGUAAUGUUAGCGAUGUUGAGGUUUCCGAAACAGCUGUUGAUAUUUUUCUGUGGCCCGUUGAACAAAAAUAUGGUCCAAUAAGUGCUUAUCAAGUUAUUGUUCUGAAAGUCGCUGAUGGUGUUGAAGAGCUACCCGACAAUUAUGAUUCAAAACUGAAAGGUGCAAGUGAUGCUAAUAAAGAGAACGUGAAUUUUUACAUCGCUGCUGAGAUAAAAAAUAUCCCAUUACUCGACAAACCUCGGAAAUUUACUGUUGGGGAUGGUAAAAUAACUGAAGAAUAUGUGAAUGAAGAACUUGAAAAAGGAGAAAACUACAUUGUGUAUGAGAGAGCUCUAACUAAAACCAAGAAGGAGGAAUUAAAAGGGAAAGCAAGGAUGGUUGCCAAAAUUUCCAUCAUCUCGACCACUACGG